GUGCUCUGUAUGUGUGUGGCUGGGGCUUUCUGCUUUGCCUCACUCCCAGCUGAUUGCGGGCUGAUGGUCACGACUCUGCUCCUCACCUCCGGGCUUCACGUUGAGGAGAGAAGGAUCGGGGAAAACGGAGAAGCUGGCACACAAUUGCCCUACGGAGCCGUCGAUAACUUGCUCCCCGUGCAGCAGAACCACACAGGGGAGGGGAGGGAGGAGGGAGGAAAGAAGGGGAGGAGGAGGAGGAGAAGGAAAAAAAAAAAAGAAAAAAGAAAAUCCAGAGAAUUCUAGUCCUGCAAAUGUAGUGAAACUGAGUGGUCAGAGUUCAUUUGCUCGAGAAGAGCAGAGAAGAAAGAGGACGGUAAAUGAGAAUAAGCAAGAAAGGUCUGUAGCUCAUUUUCCUGAUACUAGCAGUGUUUUAGAGGGAAAAUGAUUCCUCCGAGCAGCAUGACUGAAGUCAGCGUGGACAGUGUGGAGAAAGAGAAUGAAGUGGAGAGCACAGAGCAGCCUCCAUCUCCAGCAUCAACCACCAGCCAGGAAUCUAAGCUGCAGAAACUCAAACGAUCACUCUCCUUCAAGACCAAAAGCUUGCGGAGUAAAAGCGCAGACAAUUUCUUCCAGAGGACUAACAGUGAUGUGAAGCUGCAAGUGGACUUGAUGCCAGAGGUGAGCACGAGCACGGGGCAGCUCCCCAGCUCGGAGAGCCAGGCGUCCUCACCCACCAGAACCCAGCAGCUGUCGGAAAACAACAAGACUCACAUCUUCCAGGAGCACAUCUUCAAAAAGCCCACCUUCUGUGAUGUCUGCAACCACAUGAUUGUUGGGACAAAUGCUAAGCAUGGACUGCGCUGUAAGGCUUGUAAGAUGAGCAUCCACCACAAGUGUGCAGACAGUAUUGGACAACAGCGUUGCAUGGGCAAGCUGCCAAAGGGAUUUCGACGGUACUACAGCUCACCACUUCUCAUUCAUGAACAGUUUGGCUGCAUCAAAGAAGUGAUGCCUAUUGCCUGUGGCAAUAAGGUUGAUCCUGUGUAUGAAACUCUCCGCUUUGGGACUUCAUUAGCCCAGAAAACGAAGAAGGGCAGUUCUGGAAGUGGGUCUGAUUCUCCCAAUAGGAACUCUACAGCUGAUCUGGCUGAAGUUCCUGAGGAAGCCGAUAGCAGCCUUGACUUAAGCAGGAAACGCAGCAACAGUGUGUUUACAUAUUCCGAAAAUGGCACGGAACACUUUGGAGAAGAACCAAAAAGUAUACAUUCCCCGGGACCAUUUUAUAAAAGCACGUUACAAAUGAACACCUAUGUUGCCUUGUACAAAUUUGUACCACAAGAAAAUGAAGACUUGGAGAUGAGGCCAGGGGAUAUGAUCACUCUUCUGGAAGACUCCAAUGAAGACUGGUGGAAGGGAAAAAUUGACGACAGAACUGGAUUUUUUCCUGCUAACUUCGUUCAAAGAGUGCAACAUGAUGAGAAGAUUUACAGAUGUAUCAGGACAUUCAUUGGCUGCAAGGAGCAGGGGCAGAUAACUCUGAAAGAGAACCAGAUUUGCGUGACUUCAGAAAAGGAACACGAUGGCUUCAUCAAAGUAUACAGCGGGAAGAAGAAAGGCUUUGUCCCCAUAGACGUCUUAGAAAACAUCUGAUUGCAACAGCCUGCUUGCUGCAGUAGGAGCCCUUUGUUGGCAAUGCCUGUCUGCCUCAUCUCACACUGUGUCAAUCCAGAUGGGCUGUCUUGCAGAUGUUCAGGGAAACAGUGGGAAAACUGCAACUACAAGAAGAAAAAGACAUUUAGACUGCCGCAGCAACACUAAGAAAUAAGAAAAGUGGAAUGAUUGAAAGAAAAUAUAGUCAGAAACCACUAGGGAAAUGAGAGGCCCUUGGAAACUAAUAGGAAUAAGGUAAGAAAAAGAAGUCUGGGCUGAUUUCUGGUGCAAGAUGGCUAUUGCAACCCUGAUGGAAACGGACAGCUGUUCUAAAGGACUAAACUCAAGUCUCGUGUCUUAGAAAACUGUUGGACUACUUUCUUGUUGGAGAUAUGUGUUUGGGAGGGAGGGACGAAUACCAGUCAACCCAUCCUCAUACUACAGCCCAAUGCUUGUAGUAAAGUGUGGCUGUGGUUCUACAGUUCUGUCCCCUGUAUCAACCGACCAGUUUAAGCGUUUAUUCCCGAUGUUAGUCUCAUAUCAAAGCAGUUUGGAGUCACCAUGUGGACGUCAGUUCAAAAAGUGCACUGUGCCCUGGAGGUCAGCAGCUUUCUCUUUCUGUGCAAUCUUACCUUAUGAAAGAGUAGCGACCUUGUAUGUCCUUUGUUUCUCUGUAUACAAACAAAAGCUCUCAGUGUGUGCCAGGUGUGAUGGCUGCUCUCAUAGCUCCCCAAAAUGGCCUGCCCUGCGAUUCAAGAGCCUUCUUGGAAGUGUCCCUCUGUGUUUCCUGCACCCUUAUCCGGUGAGGGAGAAAAUGGGAAGAAUGCUGGGAAAGAGCCACAGGCUUGAAAUGUUUUGUAUUUUUCUGUGUUUAUUGCAUUUAUAAGAUUUUAUAUAUUAAUCCUAUUUAUAAAAAAACAAAAAACAAAAAACAAAACAAAACAGUUAACUAACCCCCUGGAAGACUGAAAACACUAGGAAAGGACAGACUGCACACAGAAGUGAAGACUGUACCUAAAUCCAGAGCUUGUGACAAAGUAAGGCAUUGAGUGUCUUAGCAUUAUGUUCACCCACCAAAGUUGUCAUCUUCAUUUGCUAAAAUAGUUCUGCAGAUCCAUCAGUAAAUACACUCACAUGAGUACCUCCUUGGCAUUAACAACUGUGAGCCUCCCGUAAGUCCUCUCAGUCCCAGUGCAACUGAACAGACAUGUCUGGUUUGUCCAUGUAAGCCUCCAUCUUCAAAUACGUUUAGGGUAUAAGAUCUGGAGAGCAGUCUGUGGGAGUUGUGAAUUUUGACCAACUUAUACAAGUCAGCCAGUGCCAAUCGUGUUGCUGAGCAGGGGCCUUAUGAUGUUUCAAAACAGUAAACCUAAUUUCCAAGUAUUCAAUUGGAUGUAAUUGCAACAAACACACUUAAACUUAGUAUGUAUUAUGACAUAGAGAUUAAGCCCUGUCCCAAAGCUCCCUGGUGAAUUCACGCCUUAUUUGACCAGCCUGAGAUUGAGUGCCAGUCUUUAAUACUACUGCAAUUAGCCACAAAUGGAUGUCCUAAAUGCCAACACUGCAAGAAGAAAUCCAGAUGCUGCCAGGUUAAUACACACCUUUGCAAAGUUGACACUAUUUCUAAAAAGAUGCUUCCUUAUAUUGAGGCAGUUUGAAUCAGUAUUGCACAGCCCAGGUCUCAUAGUUGGGAUGCCCAACAACUGACCUUAUGCAAAGCCUUAUGAAAUCCAGCGCUGUGCUACUCAUGACCAGAAGCUCACAGAGCAGAUCAGGCUGCAGCCUCUCAGAGACUCGUUUUGCAGCUCUUAUCACUUAAUUGCUGAGGAGGAAGUUACAGGGGUGUCAACUGUUGAAACAUCGUCCUUCGUAAUACAAAUGGUCUACACCAAUAAUUCACGUCCUUCUGGCUGAUCAAAAGUAUCUGAUUUCAUAUCUCCCUCUAUGGGAAUAUCAGCAAUUUAUAAAUGGCUUUUCUACAGAGCAAACAAUGAACAUUUGCUCAGCUCAUUCUCCUAAGUAACCAGUGAACUUAGUGGGAAGAGGGAGGAUUCUGACAAGCCUUAAAGAUCAAGACAAAAAGUAAAGUCAUGAUAACCCACUCUGCUUUAUAUGAUUUUUAUAUAUAUAUUCACUAGUUCAAAGAAAAAACUCAAAUGUUUGUUAGAAUUGAAAUAUUUGCUAUUUUUGAUCAGACCUGUCAAGUGGGCAAAGGAAAUCUGUAUUAAUCUAUACAUAUGUGCUACUGUUUACAUGAUUGCAUCAUACUGUGAUUCCCUAUUUGAGUCUUCUAUGAUUUUAAUUUAUCCCUACAAUGUGCAUCAAGAAAGAAAGAAUUCAAAGACUUCGAAGAUACGAAUAUUACCUACAACUCACAAUGGCCUUUAAUCAAUGUCAGUUUGAUUCCUUUUGAUACUGAGCAAUAAAUAAUAAAGUGAUUGAGUAAAACAAAACAAACCUUAUGUUGACUACAUUACAUCUGAGCAAGCAUUGCUUCUGAACCAAAGCUUUCAUGGUUAUCUUUUCUUUGUGUAUUUUGUUUUGUCUUUUUACUGGGUUUUUGCUGCUGUUUGAUAUGGAGAUGUAAUUUAUACCUAAUUUAGCAAGAAGCACAUACAUGAGUCUUACUUUAAGCAUGUGAUUCAUUGGCUAUUUGCACGCUUAAAGCUGAAGCACUUUGCUGAAUCGAGGACAUUUUCCUCAAAUUAAUUUUGGAUGCCUUACUCUGAAUCCAGAUGAGUAUCCCAUUAUUUUUUUUUCCUACCAUAUGCAGUUUGCAAUAGAUACUGAAUUAGCAAGCAGUUAAAAGAAGCUGGAGUGGAAUUUAUCUGACGUUUCCUCAGAAAAUUUGAACUUUAGGAGAUGAAUACUGUUCACACUUAAUAUUCUGCUUAAUAAAGAAUGUGCAAUGGUUGGAAGGAGAAUAGAAGUGUAUGUUUCU